GACGCAACGUCCCAAACCAUCGUCCACCUUCGUAAACCAUGUUCAGGACAGCUCUCCGCUCGGUGCGCCCGGCGUCGCGCUCGCUGCAGGUGGCCAGCGCCUCCAAGACACCUUUCCGCGGCUUGUCCGUCACUGCGCGUCGUCUCUCAGCAGACCACGCUGCCACUCCCGAACUGUACGGCCCUGGUAUCAAGCCCGGUGAAGUGCCCACGGAUGAAGCUCAGGCAACCGGUCUCGAGCGUUACCAGCUUUUAGCGGAGAUGGAGGGCGUAGAGGCGUUUGACAUGGAACCUCUGGACUCUAGCCGUAUUGGCACCCUGGCGGACCCGAUCCGCGUUUUCUCUCUGGAUACCGAGCGUAUUGUUGGAUGCACUGGUUCACCAGCUGACUCGCAUGAUGUCCUCUGGUUCACCGUUAAAAAGGACGGAAUCGCCCGUUGCGCAGAAUGCGGCUCAGUCUAUGCUCUUGAUCACCAGGGCGACGCUUCUGCCGCUGCCGCCGACCACCACCAUUAAAGAGGGCUCUGAUUCGCAGUGUCAAAGGCAUGGCGGCAAUAGAGAAGAUGGGUUUUGUCAGUGUUUCGCAUGCCAUCACACGGACAUUCGUACAAUACUCCCCACCGUCUGUUGCGACUUAUAUACACUGGCUGGCCCGCAGAAUCCCAUUGCACCUAAUGGAACGUACCUUGCAAGGAAUGCCUGCGUCGCAGUGCGACUUGGUUGUCUCCACGGCUUGCGCAGCGAGUGCAAGGCAAGAGUCAGGGUGUGGCGUUCUGCCUUUGUGGUUCUGUCGCUCUAGUUAUGGCCUUUCAUCUACCAUACUAUAUAUAUGGCGGGAUCGGCGCGGUACAUCGUCGCCGAAAGUGCGGGCUUUUGGCUGCCUAUGGUCGAGAACGUUGAGAUUCCUGUUCUG